GAGAACAAGAAAAGCGCUUUUAUUUUUCUUUUAAACCGAGAUGGCGUCGGCGCAGUUAACGGACGAGGAGCUUUUUUCGCAGUUAAAGCGCUUAGGUUUCACUCCGGGCCCCGUCACGGAAAACACCCGACCGGUUUAUUUGAAGAAACUGAAGAAGCUUCGUGAGGAGCAGCAGCAGCGGGGAUCCAGAGUGCUGAAAAGCCGCGCUAGCACGGCUGUUAGCACAGCGGUUAGCAUCGCGGCGCCGAGGCCCAGUAGACAUGACGUCACGCAGUUGAGCGCGAUCAGAAAGCCGGGCCGGAAGUCGUCUGUCCUCGGCUUCAGCUCCGACGAGUCUGACGCUGAAACCCCUCUGAAAAGGAAGGGCCUGGCUAAGCACAGACGGAUCACCGCUUGUCAUCAGCAGCUGGCCGGGCCUACAGACAAGCAGAACAUCACCGGAACGACCCUGAAUUCGUUUUCUAGUCCGCUGGAUCAUCAUCAGAGCGUCCAUAGCUCCAGGCAUUACGACGAGUCGGGGGACGAAGGCGAGGAGGAACCAGAGAACCCUCACUCCGUCAAUGGUCGUGAAGUGACUGGUUUGAACAAAACAGCGGGAGAGUACUCUGAUUCGGACGAAGAUGGAGUUCUGAGCCCCGGCGACCGAGAACGGAACCUACCGGAGCCUCGGCGGAGCCGCACGGCUGCGCCCAUCUCUCCCUCAGACAACCGAGACUCGCAGGUCAAAGGCAAGAACAGCUCGCCCAAUCCGCCCGGGUUUCGGAAGAUGGUGCGGGCAGAGGACGAGGAGGUGAACGGAGAGGAGCUCGACCCUUUUGGGGGCUCGCAGAGGUAUGCCCGGAAGUCCAUUUACGUCUCCCUCGCUGAGCAGCGCGGAGCGAAGGCCGGGAAAAACCACUUCGACAGCGAGGACGGAGCAGCCAGAAGCAACAGCGGGGCUCGGUUCAGCGUCGGGCUGAGACCACGCUUCUCCGGCUACAGCAGCCCGGCCCAGACACACAAGGGGAACCACUCCAACCACAGCCCGCCCCCGAACCACGCAUACAGCCCGACUGCUCCGAAGAAGAAGCUGUCUGUCCCGGAGGACGAACUCCUUCUGCAGUUCAGGAGGGAAGAGCCCGCGUCCUCCGGCAGCAUCAGCGCCCAUUAUCUGUCCAUGUUCCUGCUCACCACAGCCUGCCUCUUCUUCCUGCUGCUCGGCCUCAUGUACCUCAGGAUGAGGGGCUCCGUGGAGGCGGACAGUGUUAUCAAAAGACACCCGUUUGGCAGCGAGUUUGAUCAAUCCUAUGCGGAGGAGGAGAAGGAGCUGAUCCUGACGCUGCUGCUGAGCCUUCACAACCACCUGGCUGUCGUAGCCGGCCAGCAUGACUGUGGAGACCCGCAGCAUCCCAACAGGAGUCUGUCCAUGAACCAGUCCGCCACCUACCUGCAGGCGCAGAAUCAGGAGUUUGAGCGCUUCACACUUGUGGCUCUGGAGUGGAUCAUCCGAACGGACCAAGAAUUGGGGUUAAGGCUGCUGGGAGAGGACCCCCAUGUUCCUGUGACGGACGUCUCUGAGAUCUCUCAGCUGGAAUCCACUCGUCCCAGAAUGCCCUUCACCUGCCGCCUUCGCAAGGCCUUCGUCACAGUUGGCAGUAAAGUCCUCCUUGUGGCAGCAGCUGCUGCUAUGGUGUGGGGCGUGGUCCGCUACCUGAGGUUUCGCUGGAGAAGACAGGAGGAGGAAACCAGGCAGAUGUACGACAUGGUGGAGAGGAUCAUCGAUGUGCUGAGGACUCAUGGAGAGGCGUGCCAAGAAAACCAGGACCUGCUGCCGUACCUGCCCAUCCCUCAUGUCAGGGACUCCCUGGUGCUUCCCCAAGACCGGAAGAAGAUGAAGAAGAUUUGGGGGCGGGCCGUCUGCUUUCUGUCAGCCAACGAGUCCAGAAUCCGAACAGAGACGCAGAGGAUUGGAGGGGCCGACUUCCUGGUCUGGAGGUGGAUUCAACCCUCCCUGUCUUGUGACAAAGCCAACCCCAUGCCCUCCAAGGUCUGGCAGGGACAAGCUUUCCCUCUGGACCGGAGGAAUUCCCCCCCCAACAGCCUGACUCCGUGUCUGAAGAUCAGGAACAUGUUUGACCCAGUCAUGGAGGUGGGGGAGAACUGGGACUUGGCGAUCCAUGAAGCCAUCCUGGAGAAGUGUAGUGACAACGAUGGGAUUGUCCACAUCGCUGUGGACAAGAACUCACGAGAGGGCUGUGUGUACGUGAAGUGCCUGACUGCAGAGCAUUCGGGGAAAGCCUUCAAAGCUCUUCAUGGCUCCUGGUUUGACGGUAAACUGGUGACGGUGAAAUACCUGCGUUUGGACCGGUACCACCAGCGCUUCCCACAGGCGCAGGCCUGUAGCACGCCGCUGAAGGCCUCCAGCCUCCGCCUGAGCAGCACUCCCAGCCAGCAGCGGACCUCCAGUGCGUCCUGAGCGGAAACACCUUCACGCCGCCCGUCUGCCACCACCCUUUUUUUAUGCUAUGCAGCAUGUUCCAGCUGUUGGGUGGAGCAGCGGUUCUGUUUUAUAUUAUGUAUGUAUCAGGAGCGAGUGUUUCAGGUGUGUGCAGGGAUUUGAACCUUCAGCCACAAUCUGCGGCCCAAGUGGAGCUCAUGAACUUCUGUGUUUGGUCCACUUGCGUCCUCUAGUGUCAGUUUUCAGUACUACGCUCUCCCUCAGUUGGUCUUUUUUAGAAAAACUUGUGGAUGUUUCUUGAGUUUCUGCUCCAAAUAAGUUUUAAGCACAAGCGGUAUCCCAUAAUCGGACGUCCUGCAGCAUCAGGGAAGAUGCUGUUGGGUCCAUGUGCUGCUCCUCCUUCAUGCUUAUCACCUCAAGCUUCUCCUGCCCAGACCUAUUCCUGUCAUUGCCAAGUUCCAAGUACUCUCAUCAUGACUACGUUGUACUCCUGACCGGACUGAGUGAAGUGAGGCGGCUGUGGGGUUUUUAUGUCUGGAGGCCGAAGCAUCAAGUCGUUGAACACUAAGCUCCACACGCAGCUCCAGGCCUCCUGCUUCUGAAGCAGCCGUGGGUUCCUGUCUUAGUUCAGUGCAGUGAAAGGAUGUUUGGUCUAAAAACGAUGCAUGCUUCACGCGUUUGAAGGCUCCAGCUUCAGCAGAUGAUCCCGAUGUGCCUUAAAUUUGUACGUCCAUAAGAAGCCACUGCUUACCUGGAGAGCAGAGAAACGGGGGAAGGCCUGUGCAGUUGUAGUUUGACGUCUUCACAGUUGGUAUUCCAUAGCUGUUUGAUAUUAAACACAGUUUCUAUUUAUUAUCAUUUUUCCCCAUAAAGCUGAUCACCUCUCUCAACGUCAGCAGUUCGAUUCCCGUUUGUGUGCCGGUCAUCUGCUUGUACAGAGUUGGUCUGCAGGUCUGACGUGGACCCUGUGAGAUUUUCAGCCGGCAGUGGGAGCUACGUCCUUCAUCAGGAAGUGAAACUAUCUGCCCACCUCCCCUUAAUAAAACACUACCCCCCCCCCUCCCAUUAUUUCCUGUAAAUGCUGUACAGUGAUGUAUGUUGUGUAUUGUAAGCAGCUUCACUUACAGUGUGAUCUGAGUGGGGCUUCAUGUAGGGCUGCCACAUAACGGACAUUUUAAAGGAUAAAUGACUUAUAUUGUAAUUUGUAAACGGCUGAAAUUAAAGGUUUAUUAGUUUUUAAAGUGAA